GAAAAACCCAGCGAAGAAGGCGAGAUCGCCGUAGUUGACCCUUGCAACAGAUUGAUUGGUUCAUGCAAGGCUCGGAGGAGGGCCAUUACGACAAAGAUCGUGUAGAUUCUGUAGCAACCCUGAGUCCGCCUAUUUUCUUAGGACUAAUAGCAACGCUGGUGCAAUUUAGUUUAAGCAGCUAGGUUGUGUGCCUCGUGGUGUCGUUAUUACUAGUUGUAACGGCUUACUCUACUUUCGUAAGCAUCAAUCACUCAGAGAGGCAUGUGUUCUGAACCCACUUACGGGGCAGCAGCUUGUUGUACGUAUGUUCACCCGUUUGUCUUGUGCACCAUUGGCUAACCAUUUCUUGGCAUAUUCUCCUGUUUCGGGGGCAUACAAGAUUGUACAGCUUAAAAAGGAUUGGCUUGAUGAUACCCCUCGGUUUGCUAUUCGAACCUUAGGUGGUAUUGAUAAGAAAUGGAGAUCUAUUGAUGCCAGUUACUUAAAUUUGCCUGACACUUAUUUUCUUGUGCGUCCAUUAUGUAUUGGUCGUUUUGCGUACUAUCUCCAUGACCCUAAAACAAAGUCGAUAAUUGUUGUAUUUGACAUAGAAGCUGAAACUCAUUGGCCAAUACCCUAUCCAGUCCCACGGGAUUCUAUGAAUCCUACAAAGUUCUUAGCUAUGAGAGGUUCGCUUUCGACGCCACCUGUCCUUAGGUCUUGUCCCUUUCAUCCUAUCGCUUUCAUCAAGUCUUCGUUGAACGUCGCUUUCCUCACGUCGUUGUCGCGGGGUUCGGGCUCGGCUUGGUUGGCCGAGCCGAGCAGGAGAGACGAGCGGAGCGCAUGGCCGGGCAGGAAGACGAGCGGAGCUCUGAGCCGGGCAGGAAGACGAGCGGAGCUCUGGACCGGGCAGGAAUGUCCAAGCCCGAUACCUAGGAAAUUUAUGCUACGUGGGGUUAUUCCCCAUCAGAAGCCCCCCACUCUCUGGGUUCCGGGGCAUUUAGCAGCGGAGCGCGUGAGAGUAGACAACACUGUAGACGGUCAGCUCGUGGUCCGCGAUGGAAGGGGCUUCGCUGAGUGGGGCGAGGUCCCCACUUCGCGCUCGAUGGAUUGCGGGAACCCAGCCUUUGUGAAGGUGGCGUUCCCCCUCAAGCCUUCGUUCUUGUGGGAGCCGCGCCGUUUCCUGCAGAGCUUCAUCCCCCCACCGGACCGAAUGGAGAUUUGUUUGUCCGCCACAGAGGACCUUGCCUCCACCCUUAUGCUCGAGGUUGGCUCGGUGGCCAUGCGCAUCCCGGAACUGGUGGAGCGCAUGGAGUGGUAUGUGGCGGAGAAGGCCAAGGGCGAAGAGGAGCUUCGGAGGCUGCAGGAGCCUGCGGCCGACUUCGAGGGGAAGCUCGCUGAGGCGGAGGAGCGUGCUUGGGAUUCGGAGGAGCGGGCUCGGGUUGUAGAGCAGGCUCGCAUCGCCGCUUAGGAGAAGGCGCGCCGCCUUGCUGAGGAGGCCGAGCACGUGAACAAGGCCUUUCAGACUUCCCUUGCGUUCGAGGAGGCGGCUCUCUCCUGCAUGAACAAUCUCUUGAAGGUCUGGGCUCAAACCCCCGACGGCCAGCGUCUCCUUCUCAAAUAGGGGCAAGCCAAUUACUCCAUGGGUUUGCAUAGGGCUCAAGAAGUCUUGCUAGAGCGGAUCAGAGAUGGGAAGGAACUCCCGAAGCCGUGCGAGAACCCUGAGGAGUUUGAUUCCUCCAUCUACUACUCCGAUGAUGAGGACGCUGCUGGAGGGGGUG